UCAGACGAUCAGACGAUCAGGCAGUCAGGCACAGGCACGCGCGCGCGCGACGUUGCUGGACGUGAAAAAUGGCGCAUAUAAUAAGAUCCAAGAUUAUGCUCUUGUCGAUGAAAUAUACUAAUCGUGUCGCGCCGCGUAUUUUCGUACCCUUAAAAUAUCAACGAUUAUGUUUCCACACCAGCAGGAUUCUCGAUGUAAAAGGAAAAGAACUAUUAAUGCCUUCUUUAUCACCUACUAUGGAAACUGGUACUAUAAUAAAGUGGUUUAAAAAGGAAGGCGAUAGUAUUAACCCUGGCGAUGCUAUUGCGGAUAUUCAAACUGACAAAGCUAUUGUCACAAUGGAAUUUGAUGACGAAGGUGUAUUAGCUAAAAUAAUUGUACCUGAAGGAACAAAGGAUAUCAAAGUAGGAACUCUGAUAGCUCUUACUGUUGAGGCUGGCGAAGAUUGGAAAACAGUGGAAAUGCCAGACAAGUCAGAGGAAACUUCUCCAAAAACAGCAGCAGCAACUCCUGUUCAAACAAAUCCAGCUGUUACAAAAGAUGAAGCACCACCACCUGGCCAACAAAACAUUCCUAUGCCUGCUCUUUCACCGACCAUGACAACAGGGACAAUUGUAAAAUGGCUCAAGAAAGAAGGUGAUGAAAUACAACCGGGCGAUGCAUUAGCAGACAUACAAACAGAUAAAGCCAUCAUGACUUUCGAAUUAGAGGAAGAAGGUGUACUUGCAAAAAUUCUUAUUCCAGAAGGAUCCGAGGUAAAAAUAGGACAAUUGAUAGCUGUUACAGUUGAGAAAGGAAUGGAUUGGAAACAGGCUGUUAUCCCAACAUCGACUAAACCAGAUGCAUCUGUGACACCAAGUUCUGCUCAACCAACAACACCAAUCGAUACAAAACCAUCAUCAAGUGAGCAAGUAUAUGGUUUGGCAGUAAAAAGAUUGCUAGAAGAAUACGAUCUGAAUUCUGAUUUAAUCAAAGGUACUGGACGUACCAAUCGUUUAUUGAAAAGCGACGUUCUUUUAUAUAUUGAGACGCACAACAUUAAGAAAGUUAUACCUAAAUCCGCACCACCUCCAAAGACUGAUAAAGCACGUUCUCCUAGUCCAGCAGAAACGCCUAUUUCCCCUGAUCAACCAUCUUCGUACAAAGAUAUCGAAGUAUCCAACAUUCGCGCCGUUAUUGCUAAACGACUUAGCGAAUCAAAAAGAACUAUACCGCAUUCUUACGCGGUUAUAGACAUAACUAUCGACAAAUUGCUUGAGCUCCGUGGAAAACUGAAAACGGAGGACAUAAAUGUAUCAAUUAAUGAUUUUGUUACUAAGGCUGUCGCUCACGCGCUUGUUGAAUGUCCCGAUAUAAAUACACUGUAUCAAAAUGAACAAAUUGUUCGAGUUCCAAAAGUAGAUGUAUGUGUAGCGGUCGCAACAUCAACGGGUCUUAUUACGCCAAUAGUAUUCGACACUGCUACAAAGGGUUUAACAGAUAUCUCUAAAAAUAUCCGUGAAUUAGCCGAAAAAGCGAGAGAUGGAAAGCUUAAACCACACGAAUUUCAGGGAGGAACAUUCACAAUUUCAAAUUUGGGAAUGUUCGGUAUCAAGGAAUUUUCAGCCAUUAUAAAUCCUCCACAAACUGCUAUUCUUGCUAUAGGGUCUGGAUAUGAAGAAUUAGACUCUUCGUUAGCAAAGAUAACAAAAAUGACAGCACAACUAUCUUAUGAUAGACGAGCAAUUGAUGAAGAUCAAGCAGCUAACUUUUUGGCUGUUGUAAAAGCAAUGUUGGAAGAUCCAACCUUUCUAAUAGCUGGAAAGACACAAGCAUUGAGGUAUAAACGUGAUACAUAUUAAUUAUUUUAAACAAAACAAUUAAAAGUGUUUUAUUGCAAAAACAGCUUAUUCUCUUGCUUGUAACGAGGGAAUUAAAUAUCAUUGUUUUUAUGUAACAAUUAGUUACUGCCGCUUUUUAAAAUGAAAUAGAAAUGUAAAUAAAAAGGAAAAACUCAAUAUUAAUUUAUUAUUGUAUAAUGUAUAUAAUUGUUGGCUGUUUUUGAAAUAAACAUAAGAAAAAAUAGUCAAUAUCAGUUAUAUUUUCUGGAUAUAUUAUUAAAUAUAAAAAACUUGAUUUAUAUGAAAACAUAUAGGGAAUAAUAUUAUUUAUUGCUGUUAUCAAACUUUACUCAAGAAUAUAAUUUAUACAUUUAUACUGCCAAAGAAAAAUAUUUAGGACAGUUAAUAUUUUAUAUAUAAACAUUUUUAAUGUUUAUUAAUCAUAUUAGUAGUAAAAAUAAAUUAAAAGUUAAAUUAAAUAUUAAGUUCUCUUAUAGGAUUGUCAAAACAUUCAUUAUUUUACAGUCCAACAAUAGUUAAAUUACUUGAGUUGAAUUACUAACAUCAAAAAAUUUGAAUGAUAGAAAAUAAGAAUAUUUAUUUUUUAUCUUCUAUAUAUAGAUCUUUGUAAAUAAUUAGAGCAUUAUGUAAAAAUUCUGUCUUUUGUAAAUAUCUACAAAUUAUUAGCUCUAUGAGAUAUAAUAUGUGAAAACCAUAUAAAUAUGUACACAAUACAUUUUUUCUCAAUCAGUGUCAUAAAAUGUAAAUGUCU